ACGUUUGAAACAGGAAAGAAAUGCGCUGCGACGCUUUUUGACCCUCGGCAGUUUCCGUAACACGCAUUUUAACAACGUGUGUGCAGAGCAGUGAAGACUCCUGGUUUUAAGAGCUUAAAGUGCGGUUUGCUUACUCUAAACAUAACAGAAGAAGGAUGGCAGAAAACCAGGAAGAGAUGUCUCCCAUUGAGAUUAAAGUGGCUCGUCAAGUAGAGUAUUACUUUGGGGAUCACAAUCUCCCAAGAGACAAGUUUCUCAAAGAGCAGCUGCAGCUCGAUGACGGCUGGGUGACUUUGGAGACCAUGCUUAAAUUCAACAGACUGAAAUCUUUAACUACGGAGACCAGCGUCGUCAUUUCAGCUCUCCAAAAAUCAAAGACGGGCCUCCUGGAGAUCAGUGAGGACAAGACAAAAAUAAGGAGGUCUCCAGAUAAACCCUUACCAGAACAGAAUGAUGACUACAAAGACGCAGUCAAACACAGAUCUGUCUAUAUUAAAGGUUUUCCUCUUGAAACAACUCUUGAUGACAUUCUGGAGUGGCUGAACGGUAAAGCCAACAUAGAGAAUAUUCAGAUGAGGAAAAACGUGCAUCGGCAGUUCAAGGGAUCCGUGUUCAUCUGCUUUGAAACGGAAGAAUCAUCGAAGCAGUUCUUGGAACGCUCCGACAUAAAAUCUUUCAAAGACAAUGAGAUGCUCGUGUUGUCGAGAGAAGCCUACCAUGCAAAGAAGGCAGAAGAGAGAAAAAACUUCAAAGCACAGACAAAAGCUAAAGCAAGACAGAGCAAGGAGCAGCAGCAGAAACACGCUGAGGAAAAGGAAAUGGGUUUGCUCCUGGAUGAACAGACAGGAUGUUUGUUGAAGUUCUCUGGAGAGCUUCAAGAUGUUUCAAGAGAGGACUUCCAUGCAUUGUUCUCUGGGCAUGGAAAGAUAAAGUGGGUCGACUUUACAAGAGGAGCCAAAGAGGGUGCGCUUCUUUUUGAUGGGAACGCAAAAGAAGCCUUUGAGAAAGCCAAAGAGGCAAGCGGAGGGGAACUGAAAAUGAAGGGCAGCAGCGUCACAUGGCAGGUACUCGAGGGAGACGAGGAGAAAGAGGUACUGAAGAAGAUUAUCGAAGCUCAACAGGAAUCGUACAGUCGAUCAAAAGGCAGAGGUGGAAGAGGAAGAUCAGGCGGCAGAGGAAGAGGAGGCCGAAGGGGAAGAGGUGGCAGAGAUCAAGGCAGAACUCAUUUCCAGGGAAAGAAAACAAAAUUUGAUAGUGAUAAUGAGGAUGAUGAUGAGGGUGAGGAAGCACCUCCAGCCUCAAAAAGAGAGCUUGAAGAUGCUGAGGGUCCUCCAGCAAAAGUUUCCAAAACUGAAAACGGAUCGUAAUGAGGAGACGACGUCCAGAGUUUUUCUUUAGCGAACACGUUUAUUACAAAUGGUGAGAAAUGCAGAGGCAACUUGAAACCCAUUCCAGUAAAAAAAAUAAAAAUAAAAAAUCAGGCUUUGGAGAAUCGAAGGAAGUCCACCUGGAUGUCGACCUGAAAAAACAUUUGGAAAAUGUGGCAUCAGUUUUCAGCUUUUUAAGCUCUUAUAUUUUGUGCCUCUCGUGUCAUUAUUUGUAUGUUUAUUUUUGCUUAUUUGAUGUUUUAAUUUUAGCACAAUCAACUUAACUCUGACAUUUAAUUUCUCCUGAAUAUUUUUUGUUAGGCCUGAGUGACAUCUAGAAUCCGUGUGCCUUUUUGAGAUUUCCUUCAUUUAGUGAUGCAAAUAUGUGAUGUUUUUUUAGAUUUGCAUAUGCCAAUAGCAAAAUGUUUAAAAAUCUGUUUUGAAUUUGAAAAACAUGCUACAUCGGUAAUGUACCCACCGACUUCUUCUUGUGGAACUUGUAGGAAGCUGGCAAAUCGUAUCUCAGUUCUGUAAACGAAGUACAUGAUCAGUAUUUAGUAUUCCUGUGAUAGAAAGGAUUAAACUACCCAUCUCACUAA